AUGGCGUCUGGAAGACUUGACACACUCAGCGCUAUUAACAUUAAGCUUCCAAUUUUGAGGAAUGACAUCAAAGUGUUAGAAUCUAGCAAACCAGGUCUCUGCUUUACGGCCCCUGAUGUGGAGAAUGUUAGAGCUCUUAUCAGCGACAGAGAUUGGGCAGAUCUUAAGGACCGUCCUGCCUUCAUUCGAUUUCCGAAUGUGGAGUGGCGCUGCUCGACCCUGGCAAAGAAGCUAAAAAGGACCCACGGUCACUUGCGGAAGCCAACAACAGAGAAGAUAAGCGCUUCUGGUUCGAUGCGGCCUAUUCGGGAAUUUGCUGCCAUUGAUGGCAAUCAUGUAUACCAAGUUGUGCCUCCCGGCGGUCGCAAAGCACUUGGCACCAAAUGGGUGCUGAAGAAGAAACUCAACACGGAUGGUUCAAUUGACAAGUACAAGGCUCGUCUUGUUGUUCAGGGUUUCUGUCAAAAGUUUGGUGUUGACUAUGCUUGA